AUGACCCUAAGGAACGGAAAGGAAAUUCAGGGGCCUGAGCCUGUGAUCCCUAAGGACAAGGAUGAAGAAAAAAUCGAAAAUGAGCUUGAGAGGGAGGACAGCAAUGGUGCAAAUCCAAAGGUACUUCCAAACCCAAUAAUUACAGUUAAAACUAACCCGCCUCCUUUCCCUAACAGGUUGGAAAAAUCGAAGAAGCAGGAUAAGGAGAAGGAGAUCCUGGAAGUGUUCCGCAAAGCGAUUGAGGGAAAUGAAAGGGUCAUUGUUGGGGAAAAUGUGUCUACAGUCCUGCAAAGAAAGCUUCCAUCAAAGUGCAAGGACCCAAGUAUGUUUACUAUUCCCUGUAGGAUAGGCAACACUGUGAUUAGACGGGCCAUGUUGGAUCUGGGAGCAUCAAUUAAUGUCAUGCUUAAAUCUAUCUAUGCUUCUCUAAAACUAGGUUCAUUAAAAGAAAUUGGGAUAAUCAUUCAAUUAGCUGACCGAACUAAUGCAUAUCCUGAUGGAUUGGUUGAAAAUGUGUUGGUAAAAGUUAUUGAUUUGGUGUUUCCAACUGAUUUUUAUGUACUUGAUAUAGAUGAUGAUCACUCACCCGAUCCCUCACCUUUGUUAUUAGGUAGACCCUUUAUGAGUACAGCACAAACAAAAAUUGAUGUUAAUAGGGGUACGUUGUCCAUGAAGUUUGAUGGGGAGAUUGUGCAUUUUAAUAUCUUUGAUACUAUGAAAUAUCCCUCAAACUCUAACUUUAAUUCUAUUUUUUCUGUGAGUGCUGUUGACCCUGCGGUACGGGAAGUGUUUGAAACUGUUUGCAGGGAUGAAUUGGAAGUUGCUUUAACCAAGCAUCUCGAGUUGGAAACAAUUCCUGAGAUAGAGUGGAGUGAAGAUCUGAAAUGCACAAUAGGGGCAUUACACUCAUUGCCAACCUCCACAAAAAGGUACGAAAUUUCACCUAUAUUCAUUCUCGAAUCUCAUCAAAGGGUAUUACCAUCGGUGGUGCAGGCACCCGUAUUGGAGUUGGAACCCCUACUGGAGCAUUUGAAAUAUGCGUAUCUGGACGACAAUGAAACAUUUCAAAUAUUAUCUCAACUGCACUCUCGAAAACUCAAGAGAAGAAGUUGA